GCAGGGGAGGCCAAUAGGAGGGCAGAGCGCCGGCAGCUGCAGCUGUAAAAGAAUGGAGUCGCAAGCGCUAGACUCGGACUCGGGCGUGGACGAGUCUCUCGUCGCGCCGCUGCUGGAGCUUGGGAUCCCCGAGGUGGCGGCGCGGCGGGCUCUAGCGCUCACCGGGGGCCGCUCGGCCGAGGCGGCGGCGCAGCUCUACUUCAGCAGCGGCCUCGAUUCCCAGGAGGAAGAGGAUGCACAAGGCAGCGGUUACUAUAAGAUGGUCUUUGUGGUGAACAUGGAGCUCUCCAUGGGGACUGGAAAGAUCGCCGCUCAAGUGGGGCAUGCUGCAGUCGGCCUGUUCCAGUUGCUGCAGGAGAAGUCGUCUCACAGGGACAUCAUCAACCAAUGGGAUGAACAAGGCGCAAAGAAAGUCGUACUGCAGGGUUCCAACACUGACCAGUUGCUGGAGCUGCAUGCCUUGGCCCUGAGCCUGGAACUGCCAACAUACCUAGUGCAAGAUGCAGGGAGGACCCAGUUGUGGGGUGUCCUCUCUGUGUUUCAGGUUCCGACGGGCUCCCACACGGUCCUCGCCAUCAUGGGGGAGGAAGAGAUGGUGAACCAGGUGACCGGGCAGCUGAAACUGCUGAACUGAGGACAGUGCUUCAGAGCGUGGCUCUGUCUGCCCCCACGUGGAGUCCGCGGGGCCGCCGCCCCCUGUGUGUGUGUGUGCGCGCACGCUUUUCUCGUGGGAAGAGGAAGCUCCUGCCGACAGCAGUUCUCAAGGCCCGUCAGGGCAGCAUGCCGAAUGGAGGGGCGGCUCUCCUUUAUGAUAAGGGGAGCGCUCCUUCCCCCCU